AGAGGUAAACUUAAGUAGUUAAAGUAGCUAGCUCAAGUGGUGGACUUGCGAAGGUGCUUUUGGUUGAUGAUGUGAUUCUGGAUGAUGUGGCUCUGGGACGCGGCAAUCUUCUACAGUCUGGAAACAUAAAAAUGCCGUCUUCGCAGCAGAAAUGCGGUUGGUGUCCGACUUUGGUCACGACUGUACCACACGAAGAACAUCAAAAGCCCUAUUUUGGCGCACCCAAGGCGUCUAGUACUUCUUCAAGUACAGCAACAUCUUCCGAUAAAAAGUACGGAUGGUCGUGGUCUGAAAACUACGUUGAGAACGUACUCAGCAUCAGCAAGCAGGAGGAAGAUGCUAGAGCCACCGCGGCCGCACAGGAGGAGCAGCAGGACAAGACCAACCUUGAUGAUGUCGCUGCUGCUGAAAAAGAACACGAAAAACCCAAAGAUGUUGAAAAUAGUGAUUGGUCGUACGACAAAAGCUAUCACUACAGCACACCCUCAUCUAGCUCUACUUCUAGAAGCUAUACCAAGCAAGUAUACUGCGAUGACUGCUGGAAGUGGUGGCGUGAGCGAAACAAAAAGUGGAAGGACACAAAACCUGAACCUCCGCAGCUACGCUUUAAAGUUUACGAUCGAUGUGUAGUUGACAUUGAUGAUGAUGACAAUCAUAUUGGAGUAGAAUCCUCUUCUUCAACUCGAGAGCAUAUCUUUGGAUCCGCCAUACCAAAGGGUGAAGUAAUGUACUUUCCUGACUUUUACGAUGCUGAGAUGGCUGAAGAGAUUUGGGAUGCUCUUCUGACCGCCAGUCGUGGGGGUUCUUCUUGCAUUGAUCAUGAUGGUUCUACAAAGAUGAGGGAAGAUACUCUCAUGUUGAUGAAGUCUGGGGAUAAUUGUGUUAGCGGAGAUUUUGAUGUUGCCGACCAGGGCACUGGAAACGCAGUAGAAGCCUGGAGUUGGCAUCAUAAGCUUAAAGACAUUGGAGAGAGCAUUUGUGGUCUUCAGAUCCAAACUCUGCUUUCAGACAUGCUCAGAGAUUGGGAGUCUCGUUUCGACGUAAAAGUACGAAAACACCGUGUUAACCUCUAUACUGACAAGGACUGGAAGCCAUUUCACCAAGAUAGUCAUGGGUACCAUAAAGACGAUACUGCUGGGGCAGAAGGAGAAGCAGCCAGACAACAGCAAGGAGGCUACUUCGACGACAUCACCAUAGCUGCAAGCUUUGGCUUAAAGUCACGGGAUCUUUCAUUUCGUUCCGUGCAUCGCCCAGACCUUUUUCACAUUCGAGUCGAGCAGUGUCCGGGAGAUGUACUCAUCUUUGACAAGUAUGUCAAUGAUGUCUGGGAGCAUGCUGUGCCAGAAUUGGAAGGGACGCGCUGGUGGUCUUCACAAGAAGACGACGAUCAGCACGAUCAAGCAGUUCACAAGAAUAACGUGUUUACUCGGGCAAGUAUUAUUGCAUGGUGCUCUAGAUGGAAUUCAUCGUCUUAGCUCUUGAUUGCACAUUUGCAUUUGCAAGUACCACCACUGACGUGUGCUAUUUCUUUGUCGAAUACGACCAGGAGAACUAAAAGCUGUCUUCACGCACACACGUGUCCCGCAUACCAUCAUUUCAAAAAUCAGACUCACCUUUUUCA